AUGAACAGCCAAUCGUUCUCAAGAAGUUCAUCUGUGGAGAGCAUUAUUAUUUUGUUUCCUCAUCACAAUGAAGAGUCAAACCAAGAAGGGGAAAUGGCUAGAAUAAGCCGUCGUUCAAAUUAUUCAUUGUCUCCGUAUUUUACGGAGUCGUCUGAUGAGGAGGAGGAAAAUGAGGUGGAAAGAGACGAGCAUGCUCAGAACAUCCUGAGCCUCUCAAGACCCACUGAUCAAGGGCACAAUACCGAGCCACACUUGGAUAUUCUUCAUUGGGAAGCUAUUGAGGAAGAAAGAAACAGUAUCAUUGAAAAUUUGAACAUUCUUGAUGCACUAAUUUUUUUGAUAAGCCAUCUUCUUGAUGAAGAGCCUCUUAGUGAGGAAGAAAUCAAUGCUCAAGCAAACGAUGACGAUACCGACAACGACAACGACACAUAUUGA